AUGUAUAAUCAGCCGUAUGAAGAAGAAGCACCACUUCCAUUGGUAGCUAACUACACAGUAGUUAAAGGUGACGAGGAAGAAAAGAGGGAGACAGAAGAUAGAGUAAUUCUAGAAAUAGGACGUCAGGAUGAUCGUCCCCGCGAGGAGCACACGUUCUCGCAUAAGAAGUAUGAUAAAACUAUUUCUCACCACAGGUCGUACGUUUUAGACGACUAUACGGAACCGAAAAAGAUAACUUACUUCAGAUCUCAUGAGAUGGAAUCUUUGUCACAAGAAGAAGCGAGGUACUACGAGCACGAGGGUUACAGGGAGACGUCAGUUGUACAGGACACAGCUAAUUCAGAAUCGUCGCUGGAUUUUUCACAUGAGUCACAGGACAACAGCAAAGACUACGAUCAUAAUCAACCCGACAUGAUUACGAACUGGAAGGAGAGAGCUUUACAGCUGGAGAAAGAAUAUAAGAAAACAGCAUGCGAUCGUGAGCGAACUCGAAUGCGGGAUAUGAAUCGAGCUUUCGAUCUGUUACGAUCGAAGUUACCAGUCACUAAGCCUUCCAAGAAAAAGUAUUCCAAAAUUGAAUGUCUUAGGAUAGCUAUUUGUUACAUUCGUCACUUGGAAUAUAUGUUAGCGGGUGGUUCGCCUGAAGAAAAUCCAGUCUUCUUUGAAUUUCAAGCAACAGAAAUAAGACGCCGUCAACAGAGAUAUUAA